AUGGCUCACAACACCGCCAUCGGUCCACAAACGCCACCUCUACGGCCUAUCCUCUUUGCCGACACCAAAUCUAAGCCUCAGCUCCGCAUAGUUGAUACCUCUCUCAGCCCGGAUGAGAUUCACUACCUUGACGACGACGACUUCGGCAACCAGCCAUGCUCACCCCAGUCGCCCGUAUCAUCAUCCCAUUGGGAAGACGCCACCUCAACUACAUCCGCCAGCAUCCCGUCCACCCCCACAACUCAGAUCAGCAUCCACGAACCGCUACUCUCUCACGAUCUCUCCAGCAAAUCAUCUGAAGCCUUAUUAUCCGAGCCCAUCGUCAAAGAGAUCAAGAUCCCUCCCGAGUCUUUUGGGGGACCUAUCGCUCACUUAUCGCCACAAUGGGACCUCCGCGGCGACAUCUACACCUUUUCCUUCUGGACCUCACCCAAAGCCGCCAGCACUCUUCCUGAACACGCCUACUCCCCCCUCGAGGGAGUCACCUCUUUUGCCGAUGAGUCUUACAGCCGUCCGGUUGGCGGCUUGAGCAUGAUCCAGAUCCUGAGCUAUAGGGACUCACCGAUAGGACCGUAUGAUGAGAUGCUGGUUGCGCCGGGCAGCUUUGACUGGGAGAGAACAGAGGCAGAUGGCAAGAAGACGAGGGGGUGCAACCCGAAGAUUACGAGGAUUUACGUGUCAACGCCAAACAGCUGCUUCAACGGGAGGACGAACUGGAACGUCCCCAAACAUCUCGCCAAAUUCGUCUGGGACCACCACCCCGACGGCUCCACCACCAUCAAAAUCUACCCCCACGACGAUCCCUCCAACCCCGACGAAUCUCAGCCCAGCGCCAGGCCCUUCUUCCAAACCACCUUCAAGCCAAUGUCCCUCGUCCCGCGCUUCCCCUUCGCCACCAGCUGGGCCGACCGCCUCGGCUUCAACACCACCCUCGUCAUGCCCCCUUUGCCCUCCGGCAACGGCACCUACGGCGAGCUGCCCAGCACCAACCGCUGGAUCAAGCUCGAGACGAAGCAGUACUGCAGCCGCAGCACGGCCGGGUGGUACGACGUCCAGCAGCCCGACGAGGGCGCUGCCUGUGGCGGGCACGAGAAUUUCCUGCCGUGGCUAGGGAGGUGGCAGGUCGGGGUCAAGAUGGAGGAUGCGUUCUUGUCGUUUGAUGUUCCGCAGGAGACGUGGGAUAAGGGGGAUGUACUAAGCGAUGCGACAUCUGAUGACGAUAAGAAAGAAGACGACGAAAAUGACUACGAACAGAGAAAAGAAGAAGAAUUACGCAGCAGGCCGGAGCCAGAGAAAUGGAAUACGACCUUCUUGCACGACUAUUUCACAUGA